AUGGGUGUUGGUGCUGCAAAUUGCACAACCGAAGACAUGAAUCUGGUGCUGGAAGGUCACUUUGCGGUAGAGUUCGCGUUGGUCAGAAAGGACAAUCGCACUCACGUCAUAGGCGGGAAGCGAGCGAACUACAUCUGGGCAGAACUCGGUCGAGAAUCUCCGAAUAUUUUUCAAGGCUACCUUUACGACGGUCUCUGGACCCUGGCGAUAGCACUCAGCCAAGCACUCGGUGCAAACGCUUCUUUUUCCCACAUGAAGUUGCUAUCUGCCAUUAAUAACAGCUCAUUCGAAGGUGUCACGGGACGAGUACGCUUUGAGAACAACGAACGACUGGGUCUCGUCGACAUUCGCCAGUGGAAAAAUGGCGCUUAUGACGAUGUCGGCUACUAUGACGGAGCAAGUGACGUGUUCAGCAUGAAAACUGAUCUAGGA